AUGUCACAAGAUUUAGCAGACUUGGAGGAAGUCAAAAGAUUAUUUGACUUAAACAAUAAGCUAUCAAAAGUAACAAAAAUUAAUUCUUUGAUAUUAAUUGAAUGGUCUAAGAAAGUUGAUGAGUUACGUGAAAAUAUUAAGAUAGAGAAGAGUAAUCAUGAGAUUCAAGCAUUUGAAUUGGAAAAAGAAAGAGAUAUAACAUUACGGUUAAAAAAAUUAAAAUUUAAGAAACCUAAUGAACUUCUUAAAAUAAAAGAGUAUGCAAAAGAAACUCACAAAAUAAAGGAUAAAAUAAUUGAGAACACUAAUUUAGAAGAGGAUUAUAUUAAAGCAUGUGACAAUUUUAAAAUAACUGUUCAGAAUUUAACUAAUGAUGUGAAUACUUUUGAAUCAUCAAAAACACUUCAAACAUCUAAAUAUGAAUGUCAACAAAUUAAGGAAAAAAUAAAGGAAUACAUUGAUAAAGAAAAGGAGAAGAAAGAUGAAUUAAUGAAGUUAUCAAUUGAAUAUUUACAUCCUUCAAAUUGGAAAGAGAACUUAAUCAAAUUAGUAACAUUACGUAAAAAAAAACUUCUUCAACAAACAGGAAUAAAAAUUGUUAAAGAAAAUAAUAGAUUAAUUGAAGAGAAUACUAUAAGCGAGGAUAGACGGCAAAAAAUUCAACAACUUACACAGAAAAUUUUUGACGAUUUACGGGUUUUUGAUAAAAAAUUUGGAAUUGGUGAUUUUAUUUCUUUUCUUGAAUAA